AGGGGCAGACGGGCACUGGAGCAAAAUAUUCAUCCCCACUUAACAUGUCAAUCAGGAUUAAUGCCCACACAAACCUCCCCUUUAGGUUCACCCAGGUCCUUUCACUAGUGGAAAUAGCGCAGCCAGGGCAGAGGCGGUGAUAUAUAAGGCAGAACAGGACAGGACAGGAACACAACACACACGCACACACACCACCAAAGCCCAGCGGUUUCAGUAGCGCACACCAACGGAGCGUCGCCUGGACUUGUGUUUCACGUCUCUGCGUCUGUAGCAGCGUCUGACAGGCGUAAUGACUGAUCACUCACUCAUUGCGAGAGCGUGAUGCAUGUCGACUAUCAUGUCAGAGCUGCUUGACGUCUGCCUUUCUACAGUUUUUUCGCCUGUGGAUUACUCAUGCAACACUUUGUGAGGCUGCACAUGAGAUUGUUUGCAUGCGGACAAACUUGCAGGAGCUCAUAAGUCGCUGUUCCUGGAGGAGAUCAGUCGUGCGCGUAAAACUUGCAGCGUAAACAUUAAUCGGCUACCCGUGAGCACUUCUCGAGAUGGAUUUGAAGAGCGCGUGUCGUAUGUGUCUUUUCCCGGUUCAAAUGCUCUAUUAUAUAGUCAGGGCAAGUUUGUUUUCGCUGUUGCCAAGCAGAAGGAAGGACCUGACCAAGGAGGUGGUAUUGAUCACCGGUGGAGGAAGAGGCAUCGGGCGUCACCUGGCCAAAGAGUUCGCCAAGCAGGGGGCCAGGAAGGUGAUCUUGUGGGGCCGAACAGAAAAGUGCCUCAAAGAAACAGCAGAAGAAAUCUCUCUCUCAGGAACAGAGUGCCAUUACUUCCUGUGUGAUGUGGCCAAUCGGGAGGAAGUUUACAAGCAAGCCAAGGUGGUUAGAGAAAAGGUGGGAGAUGUGACGAUAUUAGUGAACAACGCGGCUGUCGUUCAUGGCAAAAGUCUGAUGGACAGCGACGACGACGCCCUUCUGAAAUCCCAACACAUCAACACCAUGGGACAGUUCUGGACUACAAAGGCCUUCCUGCCUCGGAUGCUGGAGCUGCAGCACGGCCACGUAGUGUGCAUAAACUCCAUCCUGUCCCAGUCUCCCAUCCCUGGGGCCAUAGACUACUGCACCUCAAAGGCCUCGUCGCUGGCCUUCAUGGAGAGUCUGACGCUGGGUCUGCUGGAUUGUCCCGGUGUUGGCUGCACCACUGUGCUCCCCUUCCACACCAACACAGAGAUGUUCCAGGGCAUGAGAGUCAGGUUUCCUCAGCUUUUCCCACCUCUCAAACCCGAGGUCGUUGCCCAGAGGACUGUGGAUGCAGUCAGAGCUGACAAGGCCUUCCUCUACCUGCCCUGGACUAUGCAUGCCCUCGUCAUUUUAAAAAGCUUCAUGCCACAAGUUGCACUUGAAGAAAUCCACAAGUUUUCUGGGAGUUAUACCUGCAUGAACACGUUCAAAGGGAGGACAUGAAGCUGGGUUGCACACAAUGUGAGAGAGACCUCAACAGCUCUGAGGUGUAAUGAAGGGAAUAUGGACCUUAAGGCAUCUGGAAGUGGAGGCGGCCCCGUGAUAGUGUGAAGACAAAUACUUAGGGGACAUGCAAGGCAGUUGCUCCUGCAGGUAGAAUUAAUGAUAAACUGCAGGACACACCCUGGUCCCAUUUGUACGUGUGUGUAUGUGCCUAUGUGUAUAGUAUGAAGGACUGAAUGCCAUUCUCACUUUGAACUGAAGCCAUGCAUAGGUCUGUACCAGUAGUUAUUCUGGGAGGUUUUAUUUUUUUGUGACACUUGUUUUAGCCUGUUUUACACUUCUUUUUUUUAUUCUCCUUUUAAUGUGUCUUUAAAUCAAAACAAGAUAAUAAAAUGGAGUUUUAGAGAUGCGACGUGUUUCUUUGUGCGUGUUGAAAACAGAAAAAGCGAAGACUUGGGAGGUACAGAUUGUUUUGCGUCUGGGUUUUGACUCCCGUGGCAGUGUGAUAACACCUUUGAUUUAUUCCAAGCGUGAGAUCAGUGACUGUGACAGACGAUGUUGUCAAAACAUAAAAUAUACGCUCGGAGGGGGGGGGCGUGUAUAUUCUUGUCUGUUCUCUGCUGUCUGAAAAUGGUGAAGGGGGAUGGUGUAAUUCUCCAUAAACAUAAUGAACUCAAAACAAGUCGGUCAGGACCUCCUCCUCACACACACACACAGAGUGGCCUGAACCACAGUCACUGAACAUGAACAGGCAGUGUCAUGUUGAGCUCUGAAAGGACAGCAGUCAUCUUACGGCCUAAAUUACUCAAACUGAAAGUAAACUUCUAAAAAAGUGAACUAUUUUAUUGUCUUUUGUUUUGUGAGCUUGGCUGGCUCUCACACAAUUUUGUUUGCGAC